GCUAUUGACACAAUAUACGACGCUAUCGCAGUCGUAACGAGACGCCGGCGCACGCGCACGCUCCGCCAUGGAGCUAUACUUCUUACUGUUCCUCGCCGGGACUGCAGUCAACGCAUUGAACCUAGACUACCUAGACCCAGUCAAGUUACAAACGAAAGCAUCACCCGCCAUACAAGAGCGCAUAGUUUUAGGCGUCCUAUCCAAAUACAUCAAAAACGUAAACGUCGAAAUCAACCCUUUGCUGUUCAGCGACCAUAAAGAUACGGUCUCUUUGCGCACCUCUGAAGGGCAACUAUGCAUCAGAGCCAGCUCAGGCACCGCCGCAAUGUGGGGGUUCAAUCACUACCUGAAGAAGUACUGCAAUAGUCAGAUAGCUUGGCAAGUUCAGCGAGUGUCCAUCCCAUCGCCGCUCCCCGAAGUAAACGAGACAAUAGUAGCCAGUGACAGGUUCCGCUAUUACCAGAACGUGUGCACUGUUUCGUAUAGCUUCGUGUGGUGGGACAUGCAGGACUGGAGGAGGCAUGUCGAAUGGAUGGCGUUUAACGGAAUAAACUUGGCUCUUGCACCGAUCGCACAGGAGGCAGCGUGGGCGAAGAUUUACCGGCAACUGGGCAUGAGUCAAGAGGAAAUUGAUCAGCAUUUCACGGGGCCAGCGUUUCUUUCCUGGCUUAGAAUGGGGAACGUGCGCGGAUGGGGCGGGCCUCUUAGUCAGGAGUGGCAUGACAGGCAAAGGAGGAUCCAGGGCCAAGUUUCGGACUACAUGUUACAAUUUGGAAUAGUGCCAGUGUUUCCAUCGUUCAACGGACACGUGCCGGUAGCAUUUAGGCGUUUGUACCCCAAUGCUACUUUUCACUCUGUAACCCCAUGGAAUAAGUUCAGGGAGGAAUACUGCUGUGGUCUAUUUUUAGACCCAAGUGAAGAAAAUCUAUUCGAACAAGUGGGAGGCAUGUUUAUGAGAGAAAUAACAUCCAAAUCAGUUUCAGGAAGUAUUUACACGGCGGAUCCUUUCAAUGAAAUUAGGUUCAUAGAGUGGAACGAUAACUUUGUUCAAAAUACAGCAAGAAGAAUAUUUUCGGUAAUGACGAGCUAUGACAAAGACGCCGUGUGGUUGGUUCAGAAUUGGAUGUUUGUGCACGAUCCCAUUUUGUGGCCGAAGAGCCGUGUGAAAUCGUUCCUUACUUCAGUGCCAAACGGCAGAAUGCUGGUGCUUGAUCUACAAUCGGAGCAGUGGCCUCAGUAUUUCCUAUACGAAAUGUACUUCGGGCAACCAUUCAUUUGGUGUAUGUUACACAACUUCGGAGGUACACUCGGAAUGUUUGGAAGCAUUCCCAGUAUCAACAGAGAUGUAUAUGCAGUAAGAAAUCGAGUUAAUAGCACAAUGCUCGGAAUCGGAUUGACUCCAGAAGGUAUCAAUCAGAACUACGUGGUGUACGAUUUCAUGUUAGAAACGGGUUGGCGGAAAGAUCCGGUUGAAGAUUUGAAUCAGUGGGUGACUGAUUAUGCGGCAAGACGAUAUGGAUGUUACAACGCCACCAAAGCUUGGAAAUCCUUAUUGAAGAGCGUGUAUAGUUUUGACGGCCUCAACCGUAUGAGAGGCAAAUACGUAGUCACUAAAAGACCCAGCUUACGACUCAAGCCCUGGGCGUGGUACAAAAGUAAAGAUCUAUUCGACGCAUUCAGAGAGUUCGUUUUCAUUGAGGAUUCCAAUUGUUUCUCUCCUGGAUUCUAUCACGACCUGGUGGACGUUACGAGACAAGCAUUGCAAUACCGGGCUGAACAGCUGUAUAUUAACAUGGUGGACAACUUGAGCUAUAACACAUGGUCGUUUAACUCUUCAAUUAUCGAGUUCCUCGACGUUAUGAACGACAUGGAGACUAUACUGGCCUCGAAUGAAGAUUUUAAAAUCGGUAUUUGGUUGAGCAAUGCACGGGCGGUGGGUAAGACACGUCGGGAGAAGUACAUUUACGAAUUGAAUGCACGGAAUCAGAUAACGUUGUGGGGACCGAAUGGGGAGAUAUCGGAUUACGCUUGCAAGCAAUGGGCGGAGGUUUUCCACUACUAUUACAGGCCGAGGUGGGCCAAGUUUUUGUCAGCUGCCUUGGACGCCGCUAUUAAAAAAGAAACGAUACACGAGCCGACGAUACAGAGGAUCAUAAAAACAACAGUCGAGGAACAAUUUCAGUACAUUGAAAUAGACAAUUUGCCUCAACCCGAUACCAGAGAUACAGCUUUGAAUUUGUAUACAAAAUGGGCGUAUGUUCCGGAGCUUCUUGAUCUGCCUUUGGCAGCAAUAACACCGAAAAAUCGGAGGCGAACCACUUUGGCAGAUAUUGUUGAGGACGACGAUGUGGUUAACGAGCAGCCUACGGUGACAAUGAUUUUUCCAACUACUCCAGUGUAACAGUACAAUCAUAAUGUACAACUUUUCUAUGAUAUUAUUGUAUUGUAAUCCAAAUAAAUAUUAGUAAUGAAAUAUAUUUGAGGAUCAAGUUUUAA